AAAAUAGUACAGUAAAAUCACCUUGUCGGAAACAAUUGUGGUAUACCUAUUAUUGAAACCAUAGCAAAAUCUAUUAAUUCGCUAAAAUCAACCAGCUCAAUGACAAAAUUGUAAAAAAAUAAAAUUGGCCAUUGACAUUUUUUUUAAUUGCUUGAUCAUUUUUUUACGUAUCCUUGUAGAAGUCUUUAAGCACUUUUCUUCGGUUUACAUUUUUAGUAGGGUUAUAUUACGAAAUCUUUCAGAAGAACAAAGUGCGUUGAAAAUGGAACCCGAUUCUCGAAACUUGUCAUUACGGGUAGAUGUCCUGGUGGAAUUUUCACAUGGUCUACCCCAAGUGACGGUACCUUUGCCCAGUAGAAAAGAGAAAUGCAAAUUUACGUUAAGGCCGAUCUCGAACACAGUAGGCGAUUUUUUAGAAAUGUUAAAAAAAGAAGAUAAAGGUAUAGAUAGGGCCGUCAUUCACUCUCGGGACGGAACUAGAAUAGCGUCUUCCAAUACUAUAGAGACACUUCUUCAAGAUGAUUUCAAGUUAAUCAUUAACGAUACCAAUUACAAUGUUAAAACGCCCGAAAGUAGUAAAAUUAAAAGGGACGAAUUAAAAGAAUUCGAUGAUGUAAAAGUUCUAAUAUCGAAGUUGUACGAAGCGCUGCACGUUGAGGAUUUCCACAUACAGAAAGAAAAUGAUCUCCAGGUUCAAUUAGAAGCUUUAAGGCAAGAAAUCUUACCCUUAGAAGAGCAAAGAUUACAAAUUGAAAUGGUUGCAGAAAGAAAAAAUAAUUUAUUGUCGUGGACAGGGUUAGGAUUAAUGUCUAUUCAGUUUGGAAUAUUAGCACGACUAACGUGGUGGGAAUAUUCGUGGGAUAUUAUGGAGCCUGUAACUUAUUUUGUUACAUAUGGUACCGCGAUGGCCGCCUACGCUUAUUUUGUACUCACCAAAGAGGAAUACAUACUGCAGGAUGUGAAAAAUCGCCAACAUUUAUUAACGUUGCAUAAAAAAUCUAAGAAACUUGGCUUAGACUUAGUAAGAUACAAUCAAUUGAGAGACCAAAUUAGUACUUUAGAAUUAGAAAUAAUGCGAUCGAAAAAAAAGUUACGCAAGAACCAACUACCUCGUAAAACAUCGACUGAUGUAAAUACAAAAAAGGAGAAAUCGAGCGAGUCAUAAGAGUCACCUGAAUUUUAGCUUAAGCAUUUUGGUUUAUGUCUCUAUUACCUAAAGCAUUCAUUGUUAAAAGUUUUAUUUCACAAUGGAAAUUUAGAAGCACGCAUCCGUCCUGAAAUAUGUUUGGACUUAGAAAUGCAUGUUGGUUCUUGUUUUGUUUGAUCGGAGUGUUUAGUAACUGAAUAUGCUCAAUUGUUGUUUUUUCUUACAUAGAUCUAUUUUUGCUAUAGGUACCUACCUUCAUUUCAAUUUUCUUCGCAUUUUUAACUACAAUGUAAGAUGCACACUUACUUAUUUACUAUUAUACCUAACGCUUUUUCUAAAUGCUAUUGCAUUCUUGCACAUUUUGCUGUGAUUUUAUAUUUCUAAAAAAAUGCACAUUUAAUAAUGAAGUAACACAAUCAUAUUGUCUAGGUAGAGAAAGUUAAGCAAGCAAUUUGAAUUGCCUAAGUACUUGUUAAUUGUUGAUAAAUGCACGUACUUUUUAAAAGGUGCCAAUUUCAUUAGGACUUUCUAUUAACGUUAUAUACCUACCUACCAAACAUUUAUUUACAACUUCCUUUAUUAUGUACCUAACUACUUACUCAUUAAAUGUUCAACUAGUUCUACCUUGUUACAUCUUCCAAUUUUAUAUAAAUACAAAUCUUCUAAGA